CGCCUUCUUCAGUCUUCACUCUUUAGCUUCUGUUUUUAGCUCUUUGGCUGGUGAGAAAAUGCCGGAAAUUAAACCUUACAGACUCUGAUCUGCUGUCUUGUCGUUUUGAAUCCAAAAGAGAGAGUCUUUCGCUGUCCAAAAAUAUGCCAUAUCUCUGUGCAUACAAGUCAAAUGGCUGCAGUGCAAUAUAUUCUAAAUUAAUUUUGAAUGAUCUAUUACUAAGUUCAUUUACAUCAGAUAAGUUGGGCUUGACAUUAUGGAAAGGAUAAGAUAGCCAGUAUGUGUAUUCCGUUCCAAACCCACAUCCACAAGGAUCAUCGAGACUCAACUGCCUUGUGGCUAACAUUUUUCCCAAAAUUUAACUGAACAUGAAUUUGAAAUGGAUGGGGAUGAAUCCUAUGGGAUUGAUGAGAUUUUUGUGCUAGUUUCGGCACCAUUGAUUUUCAUUGACAAUAGAGCCCCUCUCCCAAACGUGUUUUACAUUGCACUGUAGGUUUGAACUCAAAAUCAUUUGGUUCCUUAGAGAUCUUACAGAGCUGGGCAGCAUCACAGAAGAUCCCUCACCCAAAAGCAUGCAUCUGUGGAAUUGAAAUGAAGGUGUUACAGGAUUCAGCGGAAAUAAAAUUCUCAACACAAAGAUCACUUGAGCCACCAGGUGGCCUGCAAAACAAUGCACCUAAGGCUCUUGGGAUCGACUCUGGUUCAGUGUCUGUUUCAAGCAACAAUGGCAGAAAAGUUACCUUUGAAGAUAUUGAAGCUGUCCAGAAUCUGAUUGAAAGGUGCCUUCAACUGUAUAUGAAUAGAACUGAGGUGGUAAGUACCCUUUUGCAUCAAGCCAGAAUUGAGCCUGGUUUUACAACCUUAGUAUGGCAGAAAUUGGAAGAAGAAAAUGUAGACUUUUUUAAGGCCUACUGCAUGAGGCUAGCUCUGAAGAGACAAAUUAUUAUAUUCAAUCAAUUACUUGAGCACCAGUACCAGCUGAUGAAGAUGAAGUCCCCUGUAUCUCCAAAGGUUCCAUUAGCUUCUAUUGAGAAUGGGAUUCAGCGCUUGCCAGUUAACAAUCUACCUAUGGGAUACACCAUUCUGCAGCAGCCUUCAAUUCCAUCAACAGGUAAUUCCCAGAUCAGCUCUGUGGGAAGUGUAUCUAGCUGUCAUGUGGUAAAUGGAGUCCUUGCAUCAGACAGUUUCCAUCCAAUGCAAAUAAAUUCUCUAAAAGGAAGCCCAGCUGACCCAGUACCUGCUGUCCCUGUCAUCAAGUCAGAGAUGAUGGAUUUGAGUCCAACACCAGUUACAUCCAAUGGUCAAUUUCUUUUCACUCCAGCAGAAAUAUCAGGAUUGAGUGUAGAUGCUUCAGCACUUGACUCUGCGUAUGCCUCUCAUAUAACAAGCCCAGAGGGGCUGCAGCUUGGACCUGAUUCUGAUACUGACAAUUGUAGGAAAUCUCUCGAACCAGUUUGUCAAAUUCACUGGAAUUUAAGCUUCUCAGAUCUAACUGCAGGCUUGGCAAAUGUAGAAGAUCAUGGACAUCUGGGAAACUGUUCAGGUUCUGAUAUACUCCUUGAUUCUCCAGAGCAAAAUGACAUUGGUGAGGAUUUCUUUCUUGAUAAUGUUCCUGCCCCAGGCAAUCAAAUGAAGGAAUAAUCAUAAAGGUGCUGCUUGUUACAAACCACAGGUUCAUGAUCAAUUGUCAAUGAUCUUUCACCUGUGCAAAGUAUAGUUGUAAAUUUGGAACCUCAAAUCAGGCAGGCAGAUUUAUUUAUUAUUGCUUUUUUACUAGUAUAGUUGCUUAGCUUUGCAGCUAACAACAGAGUAUUGUUUGCUCCAGUUAUUAUUUGUAAAUUUCCAGAAUCCAUGUAAAUACAAACAACUUCAAAGACAGGCUUAUUAAGUUUUGAAUUAAAGCUUCGAUGCACGCUAGUGACUUA